AUGUUUAUCGAGACGAGCUUCUCGCACACGGAAGACGAGACGAGCUUCUCGCACACGGAAGACGAGACGAGCUUCUCGCAUACGAAAGACGAGACGGGCUUCUCGCAUACGAAAGACGAGACGGGCUUCUCGCACACGGAAGACGAGACGAGCUUCUCGCACACCGAAAACGAGCAUACGGUUCCAGCUAGAGAAAGCUGA